AUGCCCAAGGAGAGCAGGCCGAUCGUGCCGGAGAUCGUCUACGCCGCCGAGCCCGUCGUCGACAAGGACGACCAGAUCCGGUCCCUCCAGGACGAGGUGCAGCGCCUGAACCGGGAGCUGACGAACGCGCGCAAGGCCUUCGAGCUCCAGGCCAUGCACUUCGCGCUGCCCAAGGACGACCACCGGCGCAAGAGCAUCAUCACCCUCGACAAGCCGGACCACGAGGCGGACCUCAUCCCCAAGGUCGCCGCGCUCGAGGAGGAGAACGCGAAGUUGAAGCGGCAGCUCGAGAACGCGCGCAAGGGCUUCGAGCUCCAGGCGCUCCACUACGCGCUCCCCGCCGAGGACAAGCGACGAGCGUCCAUCGUCAAGCUCGACAAGGACCAGCUCAAGGUGCUCCGCGUCGAGGAAGACGUCGACGGCACGGACGCGCUCUUCAACUGCCUCGCCGCGAGCGCCGCGUCGCGCGACAUCGACACGCCCGAGGCCGCCUACGACACCAUGUGCGCGCCGGUCGUCGAGGACUCGUCCUACACGAUGUGCGGCACCAUCAACGCGAAGUGA